UGUCAUCAGUGCACCAGCCACCAAAAUCAGGACUUAUCUGAAGCCCACAGCAGACAUCAUGGAAUGUCUGGAUUUAAGAGAUCUCUUCACCGUAGCCCAUUUUAUAAAGACCAGAUGUGACCAUGGCCUGAAAGCUGGUACAGAAAAGAUUAAGAAUUACGUUUUUUUUGAGGUGGAGAUUCUGGAUCCCAAGAGCAAGGCGCAACUCUGCUACCUGGAUAAGGUGGAACCCAACGCCACCAUUGCGGAGAUUAAAACACUAUUGCACAAGAUUUACCCCAAGUUUUAUCCAUCAAGACAAGCACUGAAGCUGCAUCCUGAGGGAGAAGCCCUCAGUGAUGACGACGUGUUGGAAGAUCUACCAGUUGGUACAACGGCAACAAUGUUCUUUCAAGAUCUCGGCCCACAGAUAGGGUGGACUAUGGUGUUUCUGGCCGAGUGUCUCGGUCCACUUUUCAUUUAUUUGCUGUUCUACUAUCGGCUUCCGUACAUCUACAGUCAAGAGUACGACUACACACGAAGUCCAUUCAAAGUUGUCAAACUAGCCUGCUGGUGCCACACUCUCCAUUACAUUAAGAGACUUGUGGAAACUAUUUUCAUCCAUCGCUUUUCAGACGGGACUUUACCUUUACGCACUAUCAUGCAGAUCUGUCUAUACUACUGGGGGUUUGCCGCAUGGCAGGCCUAUUAUAUAAACCAUCCGCUCUACACCCCACCAUUCUAUGGGAGACUUCAGAUCUAUUCUGCACUGACAAUGUUUUUGAUCUGCGAGUGUGGAAACUUCUCCGUUCACCUGAUUCUGAAUCGAAUAAGCUGUAAUGGAUCCAGACCUACAGAGAUCCCUUAUCCCACAAAGAAUCCCCUAACUUGGCUGUUUUUCUUCGUAUCCUGCCCAAACUACACAUAUGAGGUUGGAUCGUGGCUCUGCUUCACAGUCAUGACACAAUGUGUUCCAGUUGGAGUUUUCACAUUUUUGGGUUUCGUUCAGAUGACUAUAUGGGCUCGAGCAAAGCAUAAAACUUAUGUCCAGCAGUUUGAAGACUAUCCUAUACUGAGAUCAGCCAUCAUUCCACUGUUCCUUUAGAUCUCCACAACAUAGGAUCAACAUGCACUUUAGCCACUGGAUGCCUCACCGCCUGCUGAUUUUUCAGACACUACUUCAAUAUUUAUUUUGUGUGAUGUACGCUCUGAUGUGCCAAAUGUAAUAAUAAAUAAUUACAGUCUCAAAUGAUUUUAGACAUUUUUCCAAACUAUGGUGAAUGCUUUCAAAACAAUAACUAAUCUGAACAUCAUGUCAUUUUACUAAACUCAUUUUUCUUGACUUCAUACAGAUUACAGAGAUAAUUGUUUUGAAUAGCAUAAAU